GUGGGUGCGCGCAGGCGUGCGCCAUGACAAGCCCGCGCCGGCUCCGAGACGACCCCGCGACGUGACCGAGACCAGGCGACACCGCACCGCGCGACCCCCGGCAGCAGCCGGGAAUGGAGGCCUGCUGCGCGAUCACAGCUGCCGAGGACCUUGUGGGCGACCAGAUUGUCCCGGGCGGCGGUCGUUGGGGUGCUCCACACGCCGCCGGCCUUGUCGACUCCUGGUUUCAGAUGCAGACAUCUGAGCUAGAGUCGCUGCUGUGUAAGCAGGAGGGCGCCUCACUCGCGCCCGCCCACAUGGACCUUUUCGACGGUGGAACUUCCUCACGCGACGAUGCAUUCCUCCGGCCUGCCCUAUGGGAGGACAUCGCUUCCUCCAUCAGAAACAUCGACCCCGAGAACGCGAACAUGCUCGCGCCACUCGGUUCCACACACGUCAAGCUGGAAGCUGACGAGGCGCUCCUGGAGGAGUGCGCCACCCCGCUACUCAGUCCCCUCGAGAUCAAGACGGAGAGGCUUUGCGCGCCUCCCACGUAUGCGCAUCCGCAGCCGCCGCAGCACCAGCCGCCGCACCAGCCGAACACCUCGUUCGCCAAGUACCCGCCCUCGCGACUCGUGUACAUGUCCCCGCUGACGCCGCCCAGCUCCGAGCAGGGCAGCCCCGGCAACACGAUGCAGGGCGCAGGCCGGCGCACGCCGCCCCCGCCGUAUCACCCGCCACCGCUGCUCAGAGCGCCGCACGUGCCUCCGCAUCCUGGCCCGCACCAACAUCACCAUCCACAGUUUGUUCCGAUGCAGCCGAUGGCGCCGGUGCAGGUGGCGCCGCAGCCACCGCCGCCGCCAGUACACCACACACCGCUGCAGCACGCGCGCCUGGCGCCGCCUCACCACGUCAAGUACAACCGGCGGAACAACCCCGAGCUCGAGAAGAGAAGAGUGCACCAUUGUGACUUCAUAGGUUGUACCAAAGUCUACACAAAAAGUUCGCAUCUAAAGGCGCACCAGCGGAUACACACAGGUGAGAAGCCGUAUACGUGUCAGUGGCCAGAGUGCGAGUGGCGGUUCGCGCGAUCUGACGAGCUGACGCGUCACUACCGCAAGCACACGGGGGCCAAGCCAUUUAAAUGCGCCGUCUGCGAACGCUCAUUCGCACGCUCAGACCACUUGGCACUGCACAUGAAGAGGCACCUGCCCAAGACGUCUAAAUGACACACGAGGAGGGGCGGGGAUCAGCCGCCCGCUCCACACAACACUCAGGAGGAGUGCAGUGAGAGCAUCUUCCUGGAGUGUGACCUGGACACUACCCUGAUGGACACGUUCUACGGCGUACUGUGACCGAGCACGGUGCUCCAGCUCAUCGGCUCACUACCAUGUCAACCAUGCUUAUUGUAUAUUUUGUUAAAGCGAAGCUGACAACACCCCACGAACUUCAAGUGUCAUUGACAUUCAAACGACUGUUAAUAAAGUUUCCAGUGAAUAUGGUUUAUAAAACAAAUCUUCCAUCGUUAAAGAGUGAUGGUACUUAAUGUGAGUAAGUAGUUAAGUACUCGUACACAACUAUCAGUUAACCAUAAAUAUACGAUUCUCGCUAUAAAGUCACAAUACGUACAAUACAACAGCAUUACCAAGGAAAUCGCUUUACAUAAUAUAUACCUUAUUAAUUGUAAAUGACUCAAUUAGUCAUGUUAUGAUGUAAAAUAAAAUGACAAAUGUUUUAAUGAAGCGAGGUUUACGACACCGUUGCUAAAGGCUCUCGUUGCUUGAGUCUUGCUUCAAUCGCUGGAGCCCAGAAGAAUUCCGAUUGGCUUAUUUAAACACCAUGCACUCAGUGUGCAAGUGAAACAGAACUUACAAAUGCUAAUUAGUUCAGAUCCGAGUCACGCUUUAUUUUGUUUUAAAGUUCACCAAAAUUUUUUGAUAAGUAUAAUUAUUAGAUACUUACAGUUAGUAUUAUAAAAUUAAUAUUUUUAAUAGAAACCAUAACAUUUUGGAGUAACAUGGCAGGGUAAAACAUAAGUAUACCUUUUGUUUCCCCACAUUAAAAUUCUGGUAUAGAAAAACAUUAAAAUUAAGAGAUUCCUAAACUAAUUGCUCACUACAACAGCAACGGUGUCGAUGAAAAACUUCGUGAAUUAAAAGCUCUAAGUAUUCAUUAGAUAUGAUUAGUUAAUUUAUAGUAAGUUAAUUAAUAAGAGAGCAAGGAAUAUCCAAGAUAUUAUCUUUUAAUAUUAUUAUUGCGUAAAUAUCAGUAAGUAGAAGUAUGUUAGUCUUAAUGUACGGACGCAUGUUUCAAUGGUACGAUCUCAGUGUCGAAGUUGUACAAAUGUAAGAAAUAAUAUUUAAAAAGUAGGUUUCUACUAACGAUAAGACCCGUGCCUUUUAUUGAAAUGGAACGAUAGAUCAAAAAUAAUAUCUACAAAUCUACAAUAAACCACAUAGUAAAUACUUAAAUAUUAAAUUAUGGUUAUUAAAUAACUCUGACUGUGAGAAAGACGUGUCUAUGCAAUGUCUUGCAGUAGCUUUAUGGCUGACAACAGAAAUUGAAUACUGACUUGUAAUUGCGACUCUCAUAAAGACUACAUUCAUAAGCUUUAUAACUGAAUAUAUUAUAUUAAGUAACGUCGUACUCUAUGACCUAAGAUCGUAUUAUUGGAACAUUCAAAUUUUACACUUUCUAGUCUCGAUUUAUUAAAGUUUGUUUUUUUUUCACAUUAUCAUAUCAUCAACGGAUAGCUAAACAAUUGUCUGGCAAAAUGAAGCAACAAGUUUGUUUCAUCAUACAUAUUUUAUAAUUGAUAAUAAUAUGUAUUUAUUUUAUAUUUUCUAAUAUAUUAACAGUUAAAAUAUUAUAGAAAAUUAAUAACGUAGCGCCUAAUAUAAUGUUAACUUGUAUCUUACGAAGUGCUUUAGGCAGUUUAGUAAGGAAUAUAUUGAAUCAGCCUUAUUGCCUCCGUCCAGGUGUUUGUACGCUCGCUACGGCGACAACCGGCCACACAUUUUAUACCUAAAUCUUAUAAUAUUUACUAUAACGCAUUUGCCAUCUUGAAUAGUCACUAGUAUUUUGGGCUACUCUAAGUUAUGCUUACCUAUCCUGCAGUUUAAAUAACAUUAGGAGAGUUCUUAUUAUACGUUGCUUUUUUAUGACUUUUUCUUCGAUUUGUAUCGGUUAUAAAGACUUAGUACCUUUGUACAUAUUUGUAAUCGUCCAUUAGCUUUCAAUAAUAUCUGUGUUCCAAAAUGAAAUUGAAUCAUUCUAAUGUUAUUUUUGAUGCAGUGUUUUCAGAAAGUAGGAUUUAAUUAAUAUUUAGCCUUAUAUUUACAAAAAUGUAGUUUCAUUUUCAUAGCGUUUCUUGCCUCUAUUUAUAAAUCAGUGUAACCAAGCCUGUUAACUUGAAGUAACUACGAUAGCAUACUUGUAUUUGAUGAUGCUCCACAUCGUAUAUGUAUAAGUAUAUGUACCUAUAUAUUUACAAAUAUAUUAUAUAGGCUUCUUACUUUAUUUACUACACUUAGAAGUACAGGAAACUACAAAAAUAAGUAAUGAAUAUUUUUAUUGGUUGAGUUAACACUGUACAGUUAUGAACUCGGCUGCUAUCAACAAUUUACUUAAAAGGUAAAAAGACUUUCAUAAGUAAUGUUUUGGUAGUUAUCUGUACUUCCCCAGUGCAAUAAAGAUAUUUAAAAGAUUUUAUCAUAACCCACACUUCACAUCCUUCAUGUACCAUAUAAGAUCUCCAUAAGUAAUAAAAUCGGAGCUAACAUGUGACACCCACGCACUGUAAUCUUGCCACUGUUUCUUGCAUUUAAUUUUACGUGUAUAAACUUGUGCGAACUUUUGUAACUUUGUGAAAAUGGAUCCAAAAGGUAUUUUGUGCUAUAAUUUUAAAUCUAAAAAACCUGAUUGUCGUAUAAGAAUAACCUCUAGUCCGGAAUGUAGUUUUUUCAAGAGGAAUUUAAUGAACUAGAGACGAAUGACUUUAUCGUAAUGCCUUUUGAAACAUUACACAAUUAAAUGAGGCCUUAAUAUUAUAGUGACUUGCUGUACGAGUAGUCGAUAACUGUAUCAUAAGCAAGACGAGACAACAACUAAACGUAGAUGUUAAGGCAGAUGUAGUUGUGACGAAAGUUCGUCUGUGCUGACUUUCUUAAACCGAAUAAUUGCCAUAAACAUGUCGGUAGAUGCCAUAUUUUUAAUUAAAACUUAAUUUUAGUUUUAUAAAAAUCUGUAGUUAUAAGCUCGUUUUUCUGUAUAAAAAUCGUACCUCACUAUGUUCUGUUCUUGCUUAUUCUUUAUAAGUAAGUAUUUACUAUGGUUUCAAUUGCUGCUUAUUAUUAUGCGAUUUUGUUUGUAUCUUUUUUCACGUGUAAUGUUUAUUUUUAAGUGCAUAGUUAAGUACGUUGACUAAGUCACAAGAUAAUUUAUUACCAAUGACGUGUUUUUAAAUUCUUUUUAUAUACCUAUUUUUUAUAGUUGAGUGUAAAAAGUUGAGAUAUAUUAUAUUGAGAAAAUAGAUAUGGAUUUAAUGUGUUUAAAUAUAGUUUGUAGAUUUUGCCAGAAGUGUGAUUUACUAACAUUUUGUUAUUUGCCACUUAUAUUGUCAUAAUUAAUUUGUUCACUGUACCAUUUGCAGUUUUAUAGAGAAAACAUUGCAGUGUUUGUCACCUUAUUUGUGUGAAAAUAUUGAACUCGAAGUAUUUUUAACAAAAUAUCCCAUUUCUUUUUCGUAUAUCUUCUUAUCAAAUCACAAAUAGUACUUUUUAGGAGACAAUAUAACAUAGGUGAAUACUUUUUUAUAUUACUAGAUAUUUAUAAUUGAUGUGGUUUUUUUUUGCAAUUAAGAAGUAAAAAUAAGAACACAAGACGUGAUAAAGACUGCAACUAUUGCUCUACACACAACACAAUACAAUAAAAUACCUUGAAAAUCGAAAAUGCCUUCGAGCUAUGGAUUGAAUCAUAAUGUAAUAUUUUAAUUAGUAUAUUGUACCAUUGAUGUGUCUUAUACAGCUUUAACAUUGUACAAAGUAUUAUUAUAUUGUGUAAAAAAAUGCCUUCGUAUAAAGAGUUCAUUAAUAAUAUUCGCGUAUACACAGCGUUGGUGGUCUAUAGUCGACACGUAAGCGCCGCGUAGCCGCUGCGUAAGCAAUAUUAAACGUAGCAUAGCCACUGCGUAGUAGAUACGUAACGUGUGUGUAGCCGCUACGCAGUAGAUACGUAGCGCCGUGUAGCCGCUGCAUAGUUAAUACGUAGCGCCACGUAGCUGCUGCGUCGUAGAUACGUAGCGUUACGUAGCCACUGCGUAGUCAUUACGUAGACGCCGCGUAGCCCAGCGUAGUCGAUACGUUGAUAUCGUUUAGCACUGCGUAGCUGGUACGUAGGCGAAGCGUAGCCCUGCGUAGUCGAUUCGUACGCGCAGAACAAAUCCACCGCGUAGUCGAUGUCGUAUAAGUACGUAAACUCUGUGUGUACGCAUUAAUCUUAAAUAAAUAAGCUGUAGUUUGUCUAAUACCAAUAAAAUCAUAAUUGUUUGUUUAUCAAUUAUCACACACUUAAUACGAAGGCACACUGGUUACUAUAUGAACUAUCUUGUAUGAGGAUUAAUCUUUAAAACAAUCCAUAAUAUAUAACAUUUAAAUUAUUUUCAACGUUGUCACCCUACUUGAAGCCAUACUAUUUUAAGCAACACACAUCUAUUUCGCACUGAUAUCAAUGGUACAAGAAAGAUCGUAGUCAUACGUAUAACAUGCUUAUCAUUCACUUUAUAUGUGUACCAAGCAUUGUGCCACCAGACAGUAACUUAUGUUACAAUAAACUUCACAUUUCGGAACAAAUUAAAUUUAGUCACAUUUA